UUUAUACGUGAUAAUGUUCCAUUUCUUCGCGCAAAAACAAAGAGGUUAUUGAAAAAUAAGGAAAAUCUUUUUGAUAAAAUAAAUAAAAUUAUCAAAGAAAGAAGAAUUGAAAUUGAGAAUACACCAUUAGAUCAAUCACUUCGUCAUGAUUUUUUAACGUCACAUAUGACCGCAAAUACUCCACGUGAUAUAAACAUUAUUAAACAUAGUAAAGAUGUAGAUAUUUUGAGACCAAUGAACGAUGAAGAGAUUUUUGCUAAUAUAUUUGAGGCAAUUAUAACAGGAACUGAAAGUACGGCAAAUACGGUUUGCUUUAUCAUAUAUUAUCUCGAACAUAAUCCUGAAGUAAAAAAACGAUUACGGCAAGAAUUCGAUAAAGUUUUUGGAACUUACUUAACAAAACCUGUAACAUAUAAAGAUCUUGAAGAAUUACAAUAUUGCGAAGCAGUUAUUAAAGAAGUAAAUCGUCAUUGUCCUCAAUCUUCUAUUAUUGGUCGCGUAAACUCUGAAAGUGAUAAAGUCGGAGGAUACGAAUCGCCAAAAGGAACU